ACGGCGGCAGUUCGAAUUUGCGUACGGAAAGUUUUGUUCAACUGUGAAGUUUUUAAAGUUUUUUGUUCGUAAUUUAAAAUUUAUACAUUUGGCCAAAAUGUAUAAGUUCAAGAAGAAUUUUAAGAAUGUCAUGAAGAAAAGGAUGAGAGGUACUUAUUACAAUUACGCUUGUGGGUUUCCGGAAAACAAUACUGCUGUGGUUUUCUGUAAUACCGAAAACGAUUUGUGGAAGAACGAUGGGGGCAUACUUUUUGAAUAUGAAAUCGAGAAUGUUGUAAUUGAGGACUCCAUUAUAAACUUCAGGGAUUUUCAUAAGGAUUUGGCUGAAAAGUUGCAACUUAAUUCCAUCAAUACUGACUAUGAUUGUGUGCCCGACUUUAAUAUUAAAAACAUAAAUUAUAUAGUUGAUAUGAAACUGUUACAUGCAUCUGGACCGCUUAAACAUUUUAUGCCAACUAAGUACCAAUGUUUUUAUCGCGAUAUUGUUGGUUAUGAGAAAAAAACUAAAAUUGUGUUCUGCAUGACUGAUACUGGCACAACUAUACAAUACGUAAGAAAUAAUGAAAAUAUGUUCGAUGUGAGUGAGGAGAGCGGAAAUAAAGAAAAAAAUAUCCGAGAUUACUUAUAUAUCUGUAACGAUCUUAUUGAAAACUAUAAGAAGGCUUAUGAAGCUUCGCUUAUAUAUGAUCAAUUUCGCAAUUUACACCAAUUGUAUGAUACUGAGAGUGAGGAGUCAGAACAAUCUGAACACUGCGAUCUAUUGGAGGAUUCAUACCUACCUCACCUCUCUGACCAGUCUGACCUCUACUCUGGUCUCUCCGACCGCUUUUCUGACUACUCUGGCCUCUCCGACCACUCUACUGACUACUCUGGCGAUUCUGACUUUGGCAACUCAUUUGUGGAAUAUUCCACUGAUAGCGAAGAGUUACAAAUUUCUGAAAUGCCGGCUUUUGUGUUCAAGAAUAAGAUAUACGAAAUUACUGACGUUCAAGUCGAAAACAAUUGCUUCCAGUCGUUGGUGUUGAACGAUAAAAUCUGCGAAGAUUUGUAUACUAUAAAAGUUUUUAAAAGACAAGACGAUAUGGAAUUAUAUGAAAACUUGUAUUGUCAUCUGUCUGUUAACAAAAUUAAGAAAUUUAUGCUUAAUGUUUCUCCUUCCAUCGGAGCUAGAGCACGACCUGGUAUUGCAGACCCAGCAAAUCAAAUCGUUUGCAAUAAAGUGGGCAUCACUUUAAUGGGUGGUUUUGGAGAAGAGACUGACGCAGUAGUAAAUUAUGAAUGUAUUAUUUUGAAAAACAACUACUCUAUACCCAGGAAGACUCUCGUUCUUGUGAUCACAAAGUUUGGCACUGGUAUGACAGCGAAAGACUUUUAUCAUGUGUCAGGAGAUCCAAAUGGAUUUAUGGUGAAAAAAAUUAAAAUUAAAGAUGAUUAAAUAUUCAAUAUGAUUUUACUUCUCAAGGACAAGGACAAGAUUGAAAAAUCUUAUGCCAUUGU